UCAGUCUUGACCAAACACCUAUCGCCCGCCGUAGAUGGCGCCAACAUUUUUCAGGAACUCCUCGCAGGUGACCUUAUGCGAAUCUUAUGAGUCCACUCAUCCAUAUCCUGGCGUUGAUGUCUCUGUAACGCUCUCGACAUAAGUUAUGAAUUUUAUGAAAUUCAGUUAUUUAUAUUCAAAUCAGGUCAUCAAACCCAAAGAAAGAAGCAAUGGGCUCGUGGCCACCUCCGGUUGAUGAUGAAUUUAUUGGUUCGCAAGAGUCUGAAUAUGACGGAUACUCCCCUCCUUCAAAGCGGAUCUGUUACAAUGCUGUGAAUGGAAACACCAAUCAGAACAACUGUGCCUGGUCACAUGACACAGACUGGUUGCAAUGGGACAAGGAUGAAGUUGCAGAACGUCUCAAUCAAGCUGGGCUAAUGGAUGUGGCCGCAGUGUUUAAAAAGGAAUGUAUAGUGGGAGAGAUUUUGCCAAGAAUUAAAGACAAGCAUUUAGACGAAAUGGGUAUUAGGCCACUUGGGAAUAAACUUCGAGUACAGAAGUUUAUUGAGGACGUAACUAGACAGACAUUGCAGAAAGAUUUGAGAAACAAGGUUUUCAACGACCCAAUUCACGGCCAUAUAGAACUCCAUCCACUGUGUGUUAAAAUCAUCGACACUCCGGAAUUCCAGCGUCUCCGAUUCUUAAAGCAGCUCGGCACCUGCUAUUUUGUAUAUCCAGGGGCAUCCCACAACAGAUUUGAACACAGUUUGGGGGUAUGUCAUUUAGCGGGAAGAUUGGUGCGCGCGUUACAAAAUCGGCAGCCAGAACUGAAAAUCACGGACACUGACAUACUCUGUGUGGAAAUAGCAGGACUUUGUCAUGACCUUGGUCACGGGCCAUUUUCACAUCUCUUUGAUGGAAAAUUUAUUCCCGCUGUCUUACCGAAUUCAGAAUGGAAGCAUGAAGAGGCAUCAACGAAUAUGUUUAACUACCUGGUGCGUGAAAACAGCCUGGAACCAGAAUUUGAUAAAUACGGACUCACAGAGCAAGACCGGGUGUUUAUCAAGGAACAGAUUGCUGGGCCAAGUAAACCAGACCAGGAGAACUGGACUCUUGAAGGAAGACCAAAGGAUAAGAGUUUUUUAUAUGAGGUCGUAGCCAACAAGCGGAAUGGCAUUGAUGUUGACAAAUGGGACUAUUUCGCGCGGGAUUGCCACAUGCUGGGAAUUCGGAACAACUUUGACCAUGAUCGCUGCAUCCACUUUUCCCGCGUGCUUCUCGUAGAAGGGAAGUUACAGAUUUGUUACAGAUAUAAGGAAGUGGGAAACUUGUAUGACAUGUUUCAUACUCGCCAAACUCUUCAUAGGAGAGCCUACCAGCACAAGACCACCAACAUUAUAGAGAAAAUGGUUACAGAAGCUCUUGUGAAAGCCAAUGAUCAUAUCAAGUUUACAGGAGAAGAUGGGAAAAAGUUGAAAAUGUCUGAGUCCAUACAUGAUAUGAAAGCCUUCAGUCAGAUGACAGACCACGUGUUCAACCUUAUUCUUAAUUCAACAGAAGCAGAUCUGAGGGAAUCUAGAGAAAUUCUGAAAAAAGUGUUACGUCGCGAGCUUUACAAAUGUGUUGGACAAACACAGACUAAAGAUAAAAUAUUAAAAGAGGGGGACAAACCACAGAUGGUAAGGGAGGUGAUCGAAAAGAUGGACAAAGAUGAGCUGGAGUGCUCUCCCCUCACAGAAGAUAGCAUCGACAUCCAGCUUGUGAACCUGGACUACGGAAUGAAGGAGAAGAAUCCUAUUGACAGUGUGAGGUUCUACAGCAAAGAUAGGCCGGAUGUAGCUGUCCAAAUCAGAAAAGAGCAGGAGUCAAGUUUCAUACCUGGGCACUUCAAGGAGCAACAGAUACGGAUCUACUCGAAGCAGGUUGAUCCAAGGUCCCUUGAGAUGGUCCGAAAGGCGUUCAAUAGCUGGUGCAAUGAUAAAAACUUCCCCGCUCCCAAGGGUGGUGAUGAGAACUCUCUUGAACUUACGCCAGUUGAAAAGGGCAAGGCCAGUAACAGCAGCAAUGACACCGAGGGGUCAGACGGUCAUCAUAGGGGUGAAAGUGCAAAGGUCAAAAUUGACUUUUGAAUUUGACAAAAAGCAGUGAAACAAAUGACAAAUUUCUGACACAAAUAAGGCUUUUUAGUUAAAAGCAUUGCUUCAUAGAGAUACCUACUUUGGCUUACACAGAAAUAUAAUGAGACAGGAUUUUUAGAUGCAUAGUUUUCUUUGCAACAGACCUCUCUAAAUGCUUGAUAGCUUUGUUAACAGUAAAUUAACAGUUCAUUGUUGGGUUUGCAUAAACACACUCAGAUAAUUUUCAGGCGUUUUGCAUCCACACCUGUACUUUAGGUAGUACUGCCAUUUCUUUUUGUUUAUUUAUUGUUAAUAACUUGAGUUCAGCAGUCAAUUGUAUAACACUUGGUCUAGUUGUCCACAGGUUAUCUUUAAGCUAGUUUGCAUAUUGAAACUAUUUCAUUGGUUAUUAUUAAUUUUCGGAAAAAUAUUGACCAAUCAAUAUGGCCCAUUUUUACCAAACCAAAGACUUAACCAGUUUGAUAAAAUUGGCUGUUGUAUAAAAGAUGCUCACAGGGUGUUUUUUUUGGCUAGUUGACUCUUAAACCAUUUGAUUGGUUAAUAGUUAUUAUUAGAUGAAUAUUGACCAAUCAAUAAAAGUUUAGGAUAAUUUUUAUGCAUCCCAAAUCUUAACGGGUUUUUAUACAAUUGGAUGCAGAUGGAUAGAAAAUCCAUAUUUAAAUGGAUCAAUGAAAGCCCUAUUGACACAAUCAUUGAUUCAUUUUAGAUUUUUAUUUGGCAUUUAAACAUAUCUGUUUAUUGAAUUCCAAACAAAUGUUUUAGUCAACUUUCUCUUUAUUUUAUGCAACAAAUUUAAUAUUUUUACCGUUUUUAAACUGUUCAUUGUGAUGCUGAAAUGCAUGUAUAUGUACUGUGAUAAAACAGCUCUUUGAUUUUUUUAUGCCAAAAAAUAACAACCUUUAAUUUUUUAAAAUGGCGUCUUAGUAGGGUUAGAUUUUACCAAAGAAAAUUCACAUGUUCAGUUAAGGAAAUGGUUCAAUUAAUGAAUAGGUAACUGUAAAUACAAAACAGUCAGACUCACAUCGUAAAAGUGGCAAUGUUUCAAAGAACUGUCUGUUGUUCAUGUUUGUUAGAGGUAGAUGGUUAGUUAGUAUAUUGUGUUAGUGUAUGUUCUUUUUACGGAAGAUAUUUUUGUUUAGUGUUCUGUUGCUAAGACCAUUUUGUUGAAAGCAAAGUUUUUUUUCUUUUUUUGCUUUCUUGUUCAGCUUUUUUUCCAAUUCUAAAUAUUGUUUUAUAUGCCUUAAAUUCUGAGUGAUUUUUGUUUUGUGAGUAUUAUUUUGAAUGAUAGUUUUGCUGAUUUAUAUUUUAAUCAUGUUUGUCAUGGAUGUAUACGGGGAUGCACAGAGUCUUCACAUUUUACUUUUAAAUUUUAUGCUUGUGAUGUUUACAUAAAAACCUUUAUUUUUAUGAAGCAUUUAUACAACAGUGGCAAUUAUAGGUUAAAAAUGUGCUAUUGGUGCUGACUUUUCAUCAUAUUGUUACAAUGUUUCAUGAUUUUCAUAAUCAAUCUAGACUUUGUGUAAAAAGAAGAUACUCUUGGUGGAAGUAUUGCAACAAAACUGCACAUACCUGGCCUCAAUUUCUCGAAACUUCUUAAGUCCCUUAUAAAAGGAUUAAGCUAAGCAGAAUAAACCAUUUUUCAAUUACCAAAAUUCAAUUUAAGUAUGUAUUUUGACUAAUUGAAAUAAGCCACUUAAGUCAGUUUAGCUUAAGAAGUUUCGAGAAAUCGGGGCCUGGUGACCUUUAUAUGCUUUCUUUUCUCAAUUGUAGUCCAUCCCAUUUUACAGUAUUGUUCCCCCCCCCCCCCCAAUUAUUUGAAUAAUUUCAUUUAUUUCUUUUAUUAUAUGGAUAUUGUCUACUUACAUAUUAUUGGCUACCUGUUGCUGUUGUAUUUUAAAGUGACACUCUUAUUCAAAAUCAAUACAUACAGAUGUAUAAUAAACAUCAAUUUUGACUGAUAAACCUUCUUAAACUAGUCUACUUACUAAAAAAUGCAUUUAUGGAAAAUUAAUUACUGAUAACAAGAUUGUAACGGUGUAUAUAAUAGCAGAAAGGGCAAAAAUAUUAAAUAAUUGGUGAAUGCUAAUUUAAGAUUUACUGUGGUCUUCUAUAGUCUCCUAAGGAAGAAAUACCAUAUUUUAUGCUCAUUUCUGUCAAAUUAAACUCGGUAUCCUUCAAAAGAACCAUUGUUUUCGACAUUUAUUCAUCCGUUUUGGAAUAUUAAAACAAUAUUCUUAUUUGUGGUAAAUCUUACUUGGGAGUAUUAGAGUGCAUCUUUAAGGUCAGUCUUUAAAGCAAGAUGGAUGCGUUAAAUAUUGAUUAGAUCUAGAAGACAUAUAUAUAUAAAACAAACACUCAACUUGGAGUGAAAUCUCAUGUCUAGUUUACUGUAAUAAACACUCAACUUUUAGUGAAAUCUCAUGUCUAGUUUACUGUAAUAAGCACUCAACUUUUAGUGAAAUCUCAUGUCUAGUCUACUGUACCUAAUAAACAUUCAACUUUUAGUGAAAUCUCAUGUCUAGUUUACUGUAAUAAGCACUAAACUUUAAGUGAAAUCUCAUGUCUAGUUUACUGUAAUAAGCACUCAACUUUAAGUGAAAUCUCAUGUCUAGUUUACUGUAAUAAGCACUCAAUACUGUAAUAAACACUCAAAUUUUAGUGAAAUCUCAUGUCUAGUUUACUGUAAUAAGCACUCAACUUUUAGUGAAAUCUCAUGUCUAGUUUACUGUAAUAAGCACUCAACUUUAAGUGAAAUCUCAUGUCUAGUUUACUGUAAUAAGCACUCAAUACUGUAAUAAGCACUCAAAUUUAAGUGAAAUCUCAUGUCUAGUUUACUGUAAUAAGCACUCAAUACUGUAAUAAACACUCAAAUUUUAGUGAAAUCUCAUGUCUAGUUUACUGUAAUAAGCACUCAACUUUUAGUGAAAUCUCAUGUCUAGUUUACUGUAAUAAGCACUCAAUACUGUAAUAAGCACUCAACUUUUAGUGAAAUCUCAUGUCUAGUUUACUGUAAUAAACACUCAAAUUUUAGUGAAAUCUCAUGUCUAGUUUACUGUAAUAAGCACUCAACUUUUAGUGAAAUCUCAUAUCUAGUUUACUGUAAUAAGCACUCAACUUUAAGUGAAAUCUCAUGUCUAGUUUACUGUAAUAAGCACUCAAUACUGUAAUAAGCACUCAACUUUUAGUGAAAUCUCAUGUCUAGUUUACUGUAAUAAGCACUCAAUACUGUAAUAAGCACUCAACUUUUAGUGAAAUCUCAUGUCUAGUUUACUGUAAUAAGCACUCAACUUUUAGUGAAAUCUCAUGUCUAGUUUACUGUAAUAAACACUCAACUUUUAGUGAAAUCUCAUGUCUAGUUUACUGUAAUAAACACUCAACUUUUAGUGAAAUCUCAUGUCUAGUUUACUGUAAUAAGCACUCAAUACUGUAAUAAGCACUCAAAUUUAAGUGAAAUCUCAUGUCUAGUUUACUGUAAUAAACACUCAACUUUUAGUGAAAUCUCAUGUCUAGUUUACUGUAAUAAACACUCAACUUUUAGUGAAAUCUCAUGUCUAGUUUACUGUAAUAAGCACUCAAUACUGUAAUAAACACUCAACUUUUAGUGAAAUCUCAUGUCUAGUUUACUGUAAUAAACACUCAACUUUUAGUGAAAUCUCAUGUCUAGUUUUCUGUAAUAAGCACUCAACUUUAAGUGAAAUCUCAUGUCUAGUUUACUGUAAUAAGCACUAAAUACUGUAAUAAGCACUCAAAUUUAAGUGAAAUCUCAUGUCUAGUUUACUGUAAUAAACACUCAACUUUAAGUGAAAUCUCAUGUCUAGUUUACUGUAAUAAGCACUCAACUUUUAGUGAAAUCUCAUGCCUAGUUUACUGUAAUAAGCACUCAACUUUUAUCUCGUGUCUCGUGUUUUGACUGUGAUAGUGAUACAUAUAAGUGCUUGGCUUUGCAGAUGUAGAAAUUUGUUGAAUAGGUAAUACAUAUUAAUAUUAUGAAUCUAAAUUUGAUUUUGUAAAUUUCAAUAUUUGUAAUAUAACUUGACAAUCCAUUUAAUCAUUGGUGUUUGUUAUAUAGUCCUAAUUGUCUUCUAACCUCCGACCCCAAUAUAUAGAAAAUACUUAAAGUGAUACUCAUAUUUAAAAUCAAUACAUAAACAUGUAUAGCACAUAUAAAUUUUGAGUGAUAAACAUUUAACUACUUACUAAAUACCUGUAAUGCAUUAAAGGUAAAUAUUAAUUACGGAUAAUAAGAUUAUAACCACAUAUUUAAUAGCUUAAUACGCACAAAUAUUAAAUGAUUUGUGAGUGCUAAAAGAUUUACUGUGAUCUACUAUUGUCUCAUAAGGAAGAAAUACCGAGUUUUCUGUACCUUUUUUCUCAGAUUUAACUCCAUAUCUUCAUAAAAAAACAUUGUUUUCGACAUUUCAUCCUUUUUGGUAUAUGAAAACAAUUGUAUUAAUUGAGCAAAAUUUUAUUUGGGAGUAAGAGUGCAUCUUUAAGUUUUAUCUCAGCUGAUAACAAUAUUUACGUAAAUUGUCCAUAAAAAGGAAGGAAAUGAAUCCUGGUACUUUAAGUCAUAUUUUAUUUGUAUUGAACAUAGUUAUAUUACGUCUAAAAGUGUAUGAUAUGCAAGGCCAUUCACUUUGCAUAUAUCAGAUAGAGUACAAUUUGUUAUGGUUGGAUUAGUUUGCAAGUUUAUUUUUGUCUCUGGAAUGAUUUUUCUCCAGAAUAUAGAGGAAUGAUUAUUAUCAAUACAAUACAAAGGUGAAUAUGAUUUUAAACACAGUAAAUUAUUAAUCAUGGCAUGCUGCUAUGUUGAAUGAAUGAGUUGAGAUUAAGAAUUGAUAAAGUAUUUUUGUGAUAUUUGGGCCUGGUGAUUUUUAUAAACAUCUAGUGAUUAUUUUUUAUUUAACUUACACUGUUUAAUGCCAAACUCUCACUUUAUGAUUGUAUCCUCACUACAUUUAGUGUUGUUGUAUUCAAUAAAUAUAACCUAGA